AUGGCACCAAACGUGACCAUGCGCGCUCAAAGGAGCAUCAAGAAGAAAGCGAAAACAGCCAGGACAGAGCUGGAGCGGUCGAGACAUCAAUACCGCGUUGACAACCUCGAGGACAUUAGGAAUCGCGCAUCCAUCAAGAGACACCGUGAGAUGGCCUCCAGGGAGAUCCAAAAGGCUAUCGAGGGCGGAGAAGCCGGUCGCUGA